AUGAAAUCAACUACUUCCGAUAUAGAUGAACUGAUUUCUAUUUGUAAACAAACGUACGAGAAAGACAAGGAACAACUAGCUCUUGUUCAAAAAUUUAAAAAUGAAUAUUCAAGUAAUCAAGCGUUGCAUUGGUAUACAAGAGAUUCACUUGUGUAUCAAAUGUUAAACAAAGCACUUCGUGAACAGAAUAUUCAUUUACUUUUCCUAUUUCGUUUUCUAAUUAGUGAUCUUCAAAAUCAAUUGAAAAAAAAUCAAUGUUCCUCUCGUCUGACUGUUUAUCGAGGACAAUUGAUGUGGAACAAAGAAUUAAAUACAUUAAAACAUUCAAUUGGCGAAUUAAUCUCGAUUAAUUCAUUUUUAUCGACAAGUCUUGAUCGUCAACUUGCCUAUAAAUUUCUUCUUGAAUCAAAAGAUCUCGAACGGGUAUUAUUCGAAAUUGAAGUUGAUCCACAACUUCCUGAUAUUAAACCUUUUGCUGAAAUUUCAUCACUCAGUUUUUAUCCUAGAGAAAAAGAAGUUUUAUUCAUGUUGGGCUCAAUUUUUCGACUUGUCAACAUGAAUCAUGAUCGAAAUGGAGUGUGGACAAUUAAAUUAACUUUAUUUAGUGAUCAUGAUCAUCCUUUAAAAGCAAUUUUAAAUCACAUGAAGUCUGAAAAUAAACAAAGUAAACUGGACCUUAUUAUGUUAGGUGAUGUACUACAACGAAUGGGUAAAUAUAACGAGGCUGAAGAAUACUAUCGUCGUUGUCUUAAUGGACUGCCGUCAAAUGAUUAUCACAAUAUUUCUACAUGUUAUUAUGCACUCGGACGUGUAGCUGAUAGUAAAGCUGAUUAUGAAUCAAGUCUCAAAUGGUUUAAUAAAUCGCUCAAUAUUGACAUGCAAAUUCUCAAGCAAAAUGAUCCGUGUAUCGCAAACACUCACAAUAGUAUUGCUAACGUUUAUCUAACCAAGGGUAACUAUGAGCAAGCACUAGAAUCGUACAAUAAAGCAUUGAAGAUAUUUCAAUAUUCAUUUGGUGAAGAUGAUCUUCAUGUAGCUUUGUGUUUGAAUAACAUAGGUGUCGUCUAUCAGCAACUGAAGCAAUAUUCGAAAGCAAUCAAUCAUUAUCAGAAUGCAUUGACCAUUCGGAAGAAUCAUCUUCCUGACAAUCAUGCUGACUUAGGUGCAUCAUAUAAUAAUAUUGGUAUCAUGCAUAGACAUCUGGGUCAUUCUGAUCAAGCUUUGGAACAAUAUAAUCGUGCGCUCAAAAUCUACAAAGUAUCCCUUCCAUCUAAUCAUACAGAUGUGGCAAUGACACUUGAAAAUAUAGGUAUCGUUUAUGAAGAAAAAGGCAAUUGGAAACAAGCAUUGUCCUAUUAUGAAGAAGCAAGCACUAUCUAUUGUGAGGCAUUUUCUUCUACGCAUCCCAACGUUGUUCAAAUCAAGCAAAGUAUCCAACGCGUAUCAUCUAAACUGAAAUAG